AUGGAUACCAAGACUCCUGUUAAGCUUGCCAAGGUUACCAAGAUUUUGGGCCGCACCGGCUCCCGUGGUGGUGUCACCCAGGUCCGUGUCGAGUUCAUUGACGACGACACCCGCUCUAUCGUCCGUAAUGUCAAGGGCCCCGUCCGCGAGGAUGACAUCCUCUGCCUUAUGGAGUCCGAGCGUGAGGCUCGCCGCUUCCGCGCCAACCCACUGGCUCCUCUUUUGAGCAUGAAUUCGCGCUAG